AUGAGGGCGGAGGUGAUCGAGGACGAGGUCGCCCUCACUUCCUCAAUGGAUUGGCGCCAAUCCUUCCUCAGUACAUCAUCCACGGUGAACCAGACCGAUGCAAGCUACUCUGCUGAAAAUGCUGGAAUGCAAGAUAGAGUUUUGUGUCCUUGCGCCCGUUGUGCAAAUAGGUUUUGGAGAAUCAGUAGCAUUGUCAAUGAGCAUUUGAUUUGCAAUGGGUUCAUGCAUGGAUACCAUACUUGGGUUUUCCAUGGAGAAGAUAGUGUAGAACCUCUUGCGCCGCAUUUAUCUCCCCAGCCUGAAGAUGUCGGAAGAUCUGAAAGCCAAAUUCAGCCUGAAGAAUUAGCUGAUAGUGAUGAGAUGGACCAGAUGUUGUUGGACAAUUUUGGAAUGUAUGACACUGGGGUUUUAGGCAACCAGGAAGAUGGCGAUAGUGCAGACGAUGAAGAUGAAGAGGACAGUAACACUGAUGAUGUUACUGCUGAUGCUGAAGCCUACAAAAAGCUAGUGGAAGAUGGUAGUCAGGAUUUGUAUGUAGGCUGCACAAGUUUUUCAAAACUACAGUUCAUAGUUAGGUUGUUGAACUUGAAGAAUACAUGGAAAGUGCCCAAUGGAUGCUAUGAUGAGAUAUUGUCAUUAUUUAAGGAAGCUCUUCCACAACCUCAUGCACUAUCAGGAAUUAAAAAUUUGCAUGCAUCAAAGAGGUACAUAAAAGACAUCGGCAUUGGUUAUGAAAGCAUUCAUGCAUGCAAGAAUGACUGUAUCAUGUUCAGAGGAGCACACAAGGACGACACAGUGUGUCCAAUAUGUAACACAAGCAGAUGGAAGAGUAAGAACACAGGAGUUGGUGGGAAAAGGAUGUACAAGGUUCCUCAGAAAGUUAUCAGGCACUUCAAACUGAAACCAAGGGUCAGAAGGCUUUUCAUGUGCUCUAAAACAACACCUUAUAUGACCUGGCACAGUAAAGGCAGAACUAAGGAUGCAAAAUUGAGGCAUCUAGCAGACUCUCCAGCAUGGAAACACUUUGAUUUUACGCAUCGCAAGUUCAGUGAAGACCCAAGAAAUAUUAGGUUUGCAUUAGCUACUGAUGGGUUCAAUCCAUUUGAAAACAUGAGCAUAACAUACAACAUCUGGCCAGUUAUUCUGAUUCCACUUAACCUUCCUCCUUGGGUGUGCAUGAAACAAUCAAAUUUCAUCCUAAGUGUUAUUGUUCCUGGGAGGAAGGGUCCAGGGAAAGAACUGGAUGUUUACAUGCAGCUGGCUAUAGAUGAUCUUCAGGAAUUGUGGAAACCUGGAAUCUGGACACAUGAUGCAGUUACUGGUGAGAAAUUCUUGCUACGUGCUGCUUUGCUAUGGACUAUAACUGAUUGGCUAGGCAGAGGCUGCAUAAGUGGUGAGAGCUUGGUUGUCUGUGCACAUUGCCUCACAAACACAUGCAGUAGGUGGUUGAAGCAUUGCAAGAAAACAGUUUUCAUGGGUCAUAGAAGAUUUUUGGUUGAUGGUCACCCGUACCAAACAGAUGGUGCAUCUUUCAAUGGAAAAGAUGAAUUCAGAGAUCCCCCACCUAAGAUUACAGGUCAAGAAAUAUCUCAAAUGACUGCAACUCUGCAUACAGAUUAUGGCAAGUUAUAG